GGAAGCGCCGUUUUUCUGUUCAGUCAUUGUGAGGCACCCUGGUGUGAGGGGGCAAAGAAGGCGGCAGACGCAAAUUCGAGUAAACUUUCAAGUUUCGUUCGCGACCGAGCGACGCAAUCCAGCGCGCCAUGAAGGAGGCAGCGGUGGCCAAGCCCGCCAAGAAGAAGGACAAGGAGAAGGCCAAGGUGGAGGACGUUGAGAUGAAGGACGCGGCGGCGGAUGGUGGCGAGGCCGUGGCGCCCGCGGACCCCGUGCGGACGCAGAAGGAGACGGACGCGCUCGCCCUGGAAGACCUGAAGGAACAGGUGCGGCAGAUCGAGAAGUCGGUGUCAAGCAAAGAGCCGCGCUUCGUGCUGCGUGUGCUGCGUGCAUUGCCCUCGACACGCCGCAAACUGAACGCACAUGUCCUGCGCAAGGCGCUUGCCGGGUUCUACACAUCCAGCGGUGCAGCACCUGCCCGUGACCUCCUCCUCACCUUCUUUGAUGAGCCAAUGGAUGCGGAAGGUGAGGUUACGUUCCGACCACGCACGGGGAAGGCGGCAGCACAGCCCCUGCUGCCUGAGACGGAGACAUACCUGCAACACCUGUGCGUGGUGUACCUGCUGGACAGCAAGCGCUACGACGAUGCCCAAAAGUGCUCUGACGACCUCAUGCAGAAAAUCGCAUCCCAGAACCGGCGCACUUUAGACCAGUUGGCGGCUCGUUGCUACUUCUACCACUCGCGUGUCUACGAGUUUCUGGACAGGCUGGACUCCAUCCGCAGCUUUCUGCAGAGCCGGCUGCGCACAGCCACGCUGAGGCAUGACACAGAUGGGCAGGCCACUCUGCUCAACCUGUUGCUGCGCAACUACCUGCACUACAACCUGUAUGAGCAGGCUGGAAAGCUCGUUUCCAAGUCGCUUUUCCCUGAGCAGGCAAACAACAAUGAAUGGGCUCGCUACCUCUACUACACUGGGCGCAUCAAGGCCAUCCAACUGGAGUACUCAGAAGCACGGAGAACUCUGACCAAUGCUCUACGUAAAGCUCCACAGCACACAGCCGUGGGCUUCAAGCAGACAGUUCACAAGCUGUUGAUCGUGGUGGAGCUACUGUUGGGGGAGAUCCCUGACCGUCUGCAGUUCCGCCAGCCUUCCCUCAAGCGCUCUCUCAUGCCUUACUUCUUACUCACCCAAGCUGUGCGGACAGGGAACCUUUCCAAGUUCAACCAGGUUCUAGAGCAAUUUGGAGACAAGUUCCAGACAGACUUCGCGUACACUCUGAUUAUUCGUCUGCGCCAUAACGUGAUAAAGACAGGUGUGCGUAUGAUCAGCCUGUCGUACUCGCGUAUCUCACUGGCUGACAUCGCCCAGAAACUGCAGCUUGACAGUCCUGAGGAUGCAGAGUUCAUCGUUGCGAAGGCCAUCCGAGAUGGGGUGAUCGAGGCGAGCAUCAACCACGAGAAAGGCUACGUGCAGUCCAAGGAGACCAUUGACAUAUAUGCGACCCGCGAGCCACAGCUCGCCUUCCACCAGCGCAUUGCCUUCUGCCUCGAGAUGCACAACAUGUCUGUGAAGGCAAUGCGAUUUCCUCCCAAGUCUUACAACAAAGACUUGGAGUCGGCAGAGGAGCGGCGUGAGCGGGAGCAGCAGGACCUGGAGUUCGCUAAGGAGAUGGCGGAGGAGGACGAUGACGGUUUCCCAUGAGGGCAGCCUCGCACAACCAUCAGCCACCUCAUCCACCUCACCCCAAACCUCAUACAGUGGCUGCCACCAGGGAAUGAGUGAAAAUACGCCAUCGCUUUCAUGAGUUAUACCAUUAACCUUUUUUUUGUACACGUUUUAAGCAGGGGCAGUGGGACUUUUCCCAAGCAAAUUAGACACGUGUAUGCUUGGGUUGAGAAAAACGUUCUAGAACGCCCAAUAACCAAAUUAAUGUAAAAACUUAUUUUUGGUGGGUCAUUUUGAGCUCUUUAAAAUGAACAUAACUAAGGAAUUCGUCCAAAUAGAGAUGUUUUUUUAAGGGCAUUGCAAAGUGUGCAGGUUUCAAUUAGCUGUUGUGAAGGAGCCGAGUUUCAUUGGGGACUGCAUCAUCAGUGGUAUCUGGACCUGGCACAUGAAAUGCACGCUGCAAGCGUUUUUUUGUUUGUUUAAAUUUACCCCCAGCCCCCUUAACCCCCACGCUACAAUACAUCAAAAAUAAAACUUUCAAGUUGCAUGUUAAUGACCUUUGUUUUAUUGUCUUUAGUUUGUUGACCCACCCCCCGUACCUGUGAUUAGCGUAGUUGACUAUGUACGGUACAAAAUAAGUUCAACAUACAUACGUUGGAACGUUAUGGUUGCAUUUUUAAUGUUUAUCCCAUGAGCAGCAUCUGGUCUGGAAUGAAGGUAUAAUUGGGAAACUAGCUGUAUUGGAGUUAAAUUAUUCUUGCCUGAUAACAGCUGUUUCACCACUAGGGUGGGCUGGUGGUCAAACUCGGUUGGCCCGCUCAUACUUUUAUCCAGAAUGGUUAUUCCAAGUCAGAAAAAUAACGUUUAAAUUCUACUGCCUUGACGGGUUCAGUUUAACAUUUUACUGCAGUAACUGCAAAUAUAUACAAUAAAACUGUUGAUGAACAUUG